GAGCAGGAGGCGGCGGGCCCCGGGAAGAAAGGAACAUGGCUCCUGCGGCGGGCUGCGCCGAGCGCGGCCCGGGGCGAAGGCGCGCCGGGCGCCAGUGACCGCGAUGGUGAACUCCAGCCGCGUGCAGCCGCAGCAGCCCGGGGACCCGAAGCGGCCGCCCGCAGCCCGAGCGGCCGGCCCCGGCCGGCUGAUGACGGGCGGCGCGGCCGUGGGAGCCGGCCUCGCCGCUCCGGGCGGCCUCCGCGAGCAGAGGGGCCUGGAGAUCGAGAUGGAGCGUAUCCGGCAGGCGGCCGCGCGGGACCCCCCGGCCGGAGCCUCGGCCUCUCCCUCCCCGCCGCUCUCGUCGUGCUCGCGGCAGGCAUGGAGCCGUGACAACCCGGGCUUCGAGGCCGAGGAGGAGGAGGAGGAAGAGGAGGUGGAAGGCGAGGAAGGAGGAAUGGUGGUGGAGAUGGACGUGGAGUGGCGCCCGGGCAGCCGGAGGUCCGCCGCCUCCUCGUCCGUGAGCUCCGUGGGCGCCCGGGGCCGGGGGCUGGGGGGCUACCACGGCACCGGCCACCCAAGUGGGAGGCGGCGCCGGAGAGAGGACCAGGGCCCGCCGAGCCCCAGCCCGGCCGGCGGCGGGGACCCGCUUCAUCGCCACCUCCCCCUGGACGGGCAGCCGCCGCGAGUGGCCUGGGCCGAGAGGCUGGUUCGCGGGCUGCGAGGUCUCUGGGGAACAAGACUCAUGGAAGAAAGCAACACUAACCGUGAGAAGUAUCUUAAAAGUGUUUUACGGGAACUGGCCACAUACCUCCUUUUUCUCAUAGUCUUAUGCAUUUUGACCUAUGGGAUGAUGAGUUCCAGUGUGUACUACUACACCCGGAUAAUGUCACAACUCUUCUUGGACACCCCAGUGUCCAAAACAGAGAAAACAAACUUUAAAACUCUUUCUUCAAUGGAAGACUUCUGGAAGUUCACAGAAGGUGCCUUAUUGGAUGGGCUUUACUGGAAGACACAACCCAGCAACAAUACUGACGCCGACAACCGGAGCUUCAUCUACUACGAGAACCUCCUAUUAGGCGUACCACGUAUACGGCAGCUCAAAGUCAGGAACGGGUCCUGUUCUAUCCCCCAGGACUUGAGAGAUGAGAUUAAAGAGUGCUAUGAUGUCUACUCUGUCAGUAGUGAAGACAGGGCUCCAUUCGGUCCAAGAAAUGGAACGGCUUGGAUAUACACAAGUGAAGAAGACUUGAAUGGAAGUAGCCACUGGGGAAUGAUUGCAACCUAUAGUGGAGCUGGCUAUUACCUGGAUUUGUCAAGAACAAGAGAGGAGACAGCCGCUCAGGUCGCUAGCCUCAAGAACAAUGUCUGGCUGGACCGAGGAACCAGGGCAACUUUUAUUGACUUUUCAGUAUACAACGCCAACAUUAACCUGUUCUGUGUGAUCAGGUUAUUGGUUGAAUUUCCAGCAACAGGCGGUGUGAUUCCAUCUUGGCAAUUUCAGCCUGUAAAGCUGAUCCGCUAUGUCACGACUUUUGAUUUCUUCCUGGCAGCCUGUGAGAUUAUCUUUUGUUUUUUUAUCUUUUACUAUGUGGUGGAAGAGAUACUGGAAAUUCGCAUUCACAAGCUACACUAUUUCAGAAGUUUCUGGAAUUGUCUGGAUGUUGUGAUUGUUGUGCUGUCAGUGGUAGCUAUAGGAAUUAACAUAUAUAGAACAUCAAAUGUGGAGAUGCUACUACAGUUUCUAGAAGAUCAAAAUACUUUUCCCAACUUUGAACAUCUGGCAUACUGGCAAAUACAGUUCAACAAUAUAGCUGCUGUCAUAGUAUUUUUUGUCUGGAUUAAGCUCUUCAAAUUCAUCAACUUUAACAGGACCAUGAGUCAGCUCUCCACAACCAUGUCUCGAUGUGCCAAAGACCUCUUUGGCUUUGCAAUUAUGUUCUUCAUCAUCUUCUUAGCAUAUGCUCAGUUGGCCUACCUUGUCUUUGGCACUCAGGUUGAUGACUUCAGUACCUUCCAAGAGUGUAUCUUCACUCAAUUCCGUAUCAUUUUGGGUGAUAUCAACUUCGCAGAGAUUGAGGAAGCUAAUCGAGUUUUGGGACCAAUUUAUUUCACUACAUUUGUGUUCUUUAUGUUCUUCAUUCUUUUGAAUAUGUUUUUGGCCAUCAUCAAUGAUACUUACUCCGAAGUUAAAUCUGAUUUGGCCCAGCAGAAAGCUGAAAUGGAACUCUCAGAUCUUAUCAGAAAGGGCUACCAUAAAGCCUUGGUCAAACUAAAACUGAAAAAAAAUACUGUGGAUGACAUUUCUGAGAGUCUGAGGCAAGGCGGAGGCAAGUUAAACUUUGAUGAACUUCGACAAGAUCUCAAAGGGAAGGGCCAUACUGAUGCAGAGAUUGAGGCAAUAUUCACAAAAUAUGACCAAGAUGGAGACCAAGAACUGACCGAACAUGAACAUCAACAGAUGAGAGACGACUUGGAAAAAGAGAGGGAGGAUCUGGAUCUGGAUCACAGCUCUUUACCACGUCCCAUGAGCAGCCGAAGUUUCCCAAGAAGCCUGGAUGACUCUGAGGAGGAUGAUGAUGAAGACAGUGGGCAUAGUUCCAGAAGGAGGGGAAGCAUCUCCAGUGGGGUUUCUUAUGAAGAGUUUCAAGUCCUGGUGAGACGAGUGGAUCGAAUGGAGCAUUCCAUCGGCAGCAUCGUGUCCAAGAUUGAUGCUGUGAUCGUGAAGCUGGAGAUCAUGGAGCGGGCCAAACUGAAGAGAAGGGAGGUUCUGGGAAGGCUUCUGGAUGGGGUGGCGGAGGAUGAAAGACUGGGUCGUGACAGUGAAAUCCACAGGGAGCAGAUGGAACGACUAGUGCGGGAAGAGUUGGAACGCUGGGAGUCUGACGAUGCAGCUUCCCAGAUAAGUCAUGGUUUAGGCACGCCGGUGGGACUGAAUGGUCAGCCGCGCCCCAGAAGCUCCCGCCCUUCUUCCUCCCAGUCUGCCGACGGAAUAGAAGGCGCAGGUGCAAAUGGGAGUUCCAAUCUCCAAGUCUAAGAUGUGCGUUAGUGUGUGUUCCUAAUAGGGGAGAAAGGGCUGUUCUGAAUGGCCAGAGCAAGUACACUAUUUAUAUGCCCUGACCACCAUAUGAUGCUGGUCUUUGUGACCAAAUGUUAAUUCUUCUGCACUUUAAUUUAUUUUAGGUAAACUUUGCCCAUGGAUCAAAGAAGAUUUUUUUUUUCUCAUAUAAGAAACCUAGGUGUAAAUAUUGAGUACAGAAAAAAAAAAAUCUUUGUAAAGUA